UUCUGUCGCGACUAUUUUAAGCCGGUGCGGGCCGUUUGCAGUGGAGACGACGCCGCCGCCUCGCGAUGCUGCGAUCAGCCUCGGGUCGCCCCUUCUUCCCUUCCCAUCACAUCCUUCGUCGCCUCCUCGCCGCCGCCCCCUCCCCGACCCCUCCGCCGGAGUGGAUCGAUCCCUUUCUCGAUGUCUCCGGCGUCGCCUGCCACCCCGCCGAUCCCAGCCACCCAUCCCCGUGGCUCUCCCGCGUCGCUCCCCUCGUGGUCGCCUCCUCCCCAGCCUACCUCUCCUCCGAUCUCAACGCCUUCUGCCGUAAGUACAUCAUCCGUCUCACUCCCGCGUUCGUAUCCCACAUCAUUCGCACCCCAGACCUCCGCCGCUGCCCCGACCUCGCCCUCGCCUUCUUCCGCUGGGCCGCCACCCAGAAGAAGUACCCCGGACACGACCUCGACUCCUAUGUCUCCUUGAUCGACAUAUUGUCCUCUUCCUCCGAUACCAAAGAAACCAGUCGAAUCAAGGAGCUCGUUGCCGAGAUCAGAGACCGCGGGCUUCCGGCGUCGACUUCUGCCACCACUUCGUUAGUGCGGAGACUCGGCUCCGUUGGAAUGGUAGAAGAGUUGCUGUGGGUCUGGAGGUGGAUGAAGGAGAGUUCGGUCGAGCCGUCGCUCAUGUGCUACAACUGUUUGUUGGAUGGCCUGGUGAAUUCGAUGUUUAUUGAUUCGGCUGAGAAAGUCUUUGCUGCGAUGCAAAAGAAUAGAAUUUUCCCUGAUGUUGUCUCCUACAACACACUGAUGAAAGGUUACUCCAAAGUAGGGAGGACACAAAGAGCAGUCGAGAUAUUUGUAGAAAUGCAAGAGAAGGAGAUUGAGCCUGAUAAAAUUACGUAUCUGAUAUUGAUGCAAUGCCAUUAUUCUAAUGAGGAUUUCCAUCAAUGCCUGGUGCUGUUCCAUGAGAUGGAAGAGAGGGGAGUGGAAAUUCCACCCCAUGCUUACAGUUUGGUUAUAAGUGGCUUGUCCAAGGAAGGGAAGCCAUUCGAAGGGAUGUCAGUGUUGGAGAACAUGGUUAGGAGGGGCUGCAAAGCCAACGUGGCUAUUUACACUGCAUUAAUUGAUUCUUUUGCGAAGAGUGGGAAUGAGGAUCAAGCUAUGAUUCUGUUCCAGAGAAUGAAAGAUGAUGGGUUUGAGCCAGAUGAAGUCACUUAUGGUGUGAUAAUUAACUGCUUUUGCAAAGCUGGGAAGGUAGAAAAGGCAAUGGAGUGGUUUACGUUCUGCAAAGAGACUCAUGUCCCAGUGAAUGUCAUAUUCUAUUCUAGCCUUAUUGAUGGCUUUGGUAAAGCAGGGCUUGUUGAUGAGUCUUUACGGCUUUUCAACGAGAUGUUAGAGAAGGGUUUUGUGCCAGACUCUUACUGCUACAAUGUGCUAAUUGAUGCCUUUGUAAAAGCUGAAAGGAUCGAUGAGGCUUGUGCACUAUUUAAGAGAAUGGAGAUAGAGGGCUGUGAUCAGACUAUUUAUACGUACACCAUACUUUUGGAUGGGUUGUUUAAGAAACACAAAAACGAAGAGGCAUUGAAACUCUGGAACAUGAUGAUUGAUAAGGGAAUAACUCCCACCCCUGCAGCUUUUCGAGUCCUUUCAACUGGCCUGUGCCUCUCAGGAAAGUUCAAUAGGGCCUGCACGAUAUUGGAUGAAAUGGCACCUAUGGGAGUAGUGCCUGAGACAGCCCAUGAAGAUAUGAUUAAUGUGCUGUGUAAAGCAGGUCGGCUUCAGCAUGCUUGCAAGCUUGCAGAUGGAAUUAUAGAUAAGGGUCGUGAGGUUCCUGGAAGAGUUCGAACAAUUAUGAUUAAUGCUCUGAGAAAGGCUGGAAAUGCUGACUUGUCAAUUAAAUUAAUGCAUAGUAAGAUUGGUAUUGGUUAUGACAGAUUUGGUAGCAUCAGAAGGAGAGUUAAAUUCCAAACACUGUUGAAUUCAUAGUAUCUGUUAUCACUUAGAUGGUCACAGGUAUUGAACUGCUGGUCCAAUUUAUUUCUUGGAUUAUUGUUUGAAGCUAACCAAACACUCCAUUCAGAAAAAUGAAGUGGCAAUACCCAAAUUCA